UCCUGGGGCACAACCCUCGCUUGAGGGCAUGGGUUGGAACAAGGAGGUUCAUGAUGCUGCAAGAAAACAAAUUUGCAAGUUUUGGUACUUUUGCAACAUUCCAUUUAUUGCAGCCAGGUCUCCUUAUUGGCAAGGCAUGGUAGAUUCCAUAACCAUUUGUGGUGCAGGGUUUAAAGCCCCUACCGAUGCUGAGUUAAGUGGCCCCCUCUUGUUACAAAUGGUUGAGGAUAUGAAAGUUGAGCUAGAGGACCACCGACAGUCUUGGAGCCAAAAGGGUUGCACCAUCAUGACAGAUGGUUGGACCGAUAGGAGGAAUAGAACACUCCUAAAUUUUCUUGUUUCCUGCGGAGGUGAUUGAUCAUGAUUCAUUCUAAUUUGUACUUCCCUAAAUGCAUUGAAUAAAUUAAAUUUUGAUUUGUUGAAAGUUUGAAACUCUAUUUUCAGGAUCCACCAUGUUCUUGAAAUCUAUUGAUGCUUACUCACAUGUGAAAAAUGCCACAUACUUAUGUGAGGCUAUUGAGGAAGUCAUACAAGAGGUGGGGGAAGAAAAUGUGGUGCAGAUGGUGACAGAUAAUGCAGCAAGUUAUGUUGCUGCAGGUAAACUUUUGAUGGAGAGGCACCCGAAAAUUUUUUGGUCUCCUUGUGCGGCCCAUUGCCUUGACCUCAUGUUGGAGGAUAUUGGUAAGCUUGAAUGGGUGAAAUCAAUAGUUGAAAGGGCCAAAAAUAUCAGCAAGUUUAUCUACAAUCAUGCAUUGGUCCUUAGCAUUAUGAGGCAAUACACGGGGCAAAAGGAGUUGGCUCGUCCUGGUAUCACGAGGUUUGCCUCAGACUUCCUCACACUGAAAUCCUUGAUAAAAUCAAAGGCAGCUUUGAGGCGUAUGUUUGUUGGUGAGGAGUGGACUUCCUCAUCCUAUGCUACGACCACUGCAGGGAUAGAUGUGGUAAAUUGCAUUUUUGAUGAGCCAGGUUUUUGGACCCCCUGUGGAGAAACUGUGCAGGUCACUGAGCCCCUCGUAGUUCUCCUACGAGUUGUUGAUGGGGAGAAGCCCUCUAUGGGCUAUAUAUAUGAGGGUAUGGAUAGGGCCAAGGAGGCCAUUAGGUCCAUAUAUGCAGGAGAUGAGGAUAAGUAUGGCCCCAUUUGGAAGAUUAUUGAUAGGAGAUGGCAGAACCAGCUUCACAGGCCCAUCCAUGCAGCAGCCUAUUACCUCAAUCCGGCAUUUCAAUUUCGUGAUGACUUCAAGGCAGAUGAGGAGGUUCUUAGUGGCCUGUAUACAGUGGUUCAAAAGUUGUGUACUGAUGGCACAGCCUCAAGUACAACGCUCCAGCUGGAUAAAUAUAAUAAUCGAGAAGGGGCAAUCUUCGCAAGCAGCAUGUGCAUAGAGGCUCGAACACAAUUGCAGCCAGAUAGAUGGUGGCAAAUGUUUGGGCCCUCAACCCCAAACCUUCAAAAAAUUGCCAUCCGUAUUUUGAGCCAGCCAUGCAGCGCUUCUGGAUGUGAGCGCAAUUGGUCCAUGUUCGAGCACAUCCACUCGAAGAGGCGUAAUAGAUUGUCUGUGGAGAGGUUGAAUGAUCUUGUUUUUGUUCAUUACAACCUCCGUCUUAGGACCAGACAGAUUUUGGACACUGACUCCUCUCCGAUCACUUUAGCGGAGAUCGAUCCAGAGUCUGAGUGGAUCACUGAGUCUACCGAUCCCCUCUUCACUGAGGAGGACCAUGAGUGGGUUGACCAGGCAAACAGAGAGACUGAGGCUGUGGCUAUGGCAGAGGAGGAGGAUAGAGCACGAUCCGGCACAGGCACCUCACGGGCAGAGACUAUGGCUUCUCAGUCAUCCAGGACCUACCUUAGACGCAUUUGUAGGAGGCAAACAGACUACUCUGAGGCUGAGGAUGAGCUAGAGCCUGAGCCAUAGACUUGUUUUUGUUUACAGUUAUAUAUAUGUUUGGGAACAUUUGAUGUCAUGGAUUUUAUAUACAU